CUGCAGCCGGUGACGGUCGUCCCGGCCGACUAGUAUGCGAUGUCUCCACUGGGCGGCGCUGCUGUGCAUGGCCUGGUCGGCCGGUGGAGGUGGUUUUACCCAUACGACACCCGGCCCGUGCUCGGUGGUCGCCCUGGGCGGCCGCGCCGGCCUCCUGGUGACCUGUCAGGCUGCCAGCGGCGCCGAGCUGCGUCACACGCUGUCCGUGACCUCGGGAGCGGUCAGCUCUGUGCGGGUGACGCGGCUGAGGUCAGCCGCCGCCCUCCUGCCGCCCUACUUCCUCGGCAACACCAGCUUCCAUGAGCUGCGCGUGGCUCGGUCGGGCCUGCGCCUACUGCACGACAACUGUUUCGCCGGCGCGUCGGACUCCUUGCAGCGGGUGUCGCUGCCCCACAACCUGCUGGAGCGCGUGCCGCAGUCGGCGCUGCUGUCGCUGCCGGAGCUGGCGCGACUUAACCUCGAGGGGAACCUUAUCAGUAGUCUAAUGAGCUACGAACUGUUCGGCCUGGCACUUAUUGGACUGAAUCUCAGGAAUAACAUCAUUGAGGAGUUGAUGGAGUACGCUUUCGCAGGGCUGGAGGACACGCUGCAGGAACUGGACCUGUCGAAGAACCUGCUGAAGGAGCUGCCGUUUCGGGCAGUGCGCCAUCUCAGAGCUCUGCAGAGGCUCGGUUUGGCCGGUAACCGAAUCGUGGUGUUGUCUGCAACCGGGUACAGUCAGCUUAGCCGGCUCCAGUCGCUGGACCUGGCGAAGAACUUGCUGCAGGCGGUGCCGGAGAAUGGACUGGCAGCGCUUCCAUCCCUCACCUGGCUCUCCCUCCACGACAACCGGCUGACGUCACUAGACGCCGCCGCCCUCACAAACCUCACCCGGCUGGAAGUGCUGGAUCUGAGCAGAAAUCGACUGACUGCGGUGAACGUCAGUCUCCUGUGGUCCUGUGGGGAGCUGCGUGUGCUGGACCUCAGCGGUAACCACCUGCACGACCUACCGGAGCGCCUGCUGUCCCGACUGGCGCAGCUGUCCGAGCUGCUGUUAGCAGACAACAGCCUCCAGCGACUGGAAGGCCGUCUCCUCUUCAACACUUCCCGUCUGUCCGUGCUCAAUCUGCAAAACAAUGUCAUCACCGAGCUAGACGAGCUCGCGUUCUCACGGCUGGGAGAGCUGCUGCAGCUCCAGCUGAGCCACAAUCGGCUGCAUUCACUACCCGCUCGUGUCUUUCAGAAUAUUUGGCGAUUGACCACGCUGAGUCUGGAUAAUAAUGAACUCGAUAGUCUACCCGAGGGAAUCUUUUCUCAGCUGACUAGUCUAGUGACAUUGAGGCUGCAAAACAAUCAGCUAUCUGUGAUUCGUUCAGCCGACUUUGUCGGGCUAACGAGUCUCCAGGAAGUGCAUUUUCAGCGAAAUCACAUUAAGUUUGUCGAGUCUUCCACGCUAACUAGAUGGCCAACUUUGCAGUAUUUGAAUUUCCAUGGCAAUCAACUUCAGAACUUUGACAUGCACUUCGACCGUGAAUCUUCAGAUCUCGUCUCGCUCCAACUAGAUAACAACCAGCUAAGUACCUUCCCCGAAAAGGCACUCAGCAAGCUCCCAGUGCUCGAAGUCCUUCGCAUAAACCACAACGAAAUCAGCCGCCUGUCGCCGACAACUUGCUCGCGCAUGUCACGCCUCCGCCGGCUCCACCUGCAGGAUAACCGGCUGUCGCACCUAGCGAACGGCACGUUCGUCGGCUGCGGCCGGCUCUCCGCGCUCGAGCUGGCCGGCAACAGGCUGGCGCGGGUCGAUGCCGGCACGUUCCGCGGUCUCCGGAGACUGGAGCGGCUCGACAUCUCCCGGAAUGACAUUACGACCGUGGGCCGGCGCUCCUUCGCCGCCCUAAUGCGCCUGACGGAGCUGAAUGCGGCCGACAACCCGCUGGGAGAGAUAAGGCGAGCCAUGAUGACCGGAAAUCUGCCGAUAAGACAGCUCUUUCUGCGACGAUGUGCGAUCGCAUAUAUUGAGGAGGGCUCGUUUCGACAGUUGAAGAGCCUGGAACUGCUGGACUUGCGCGAUAAUCUGAUGACACAUCUAAAUCCAGAACUUAUGCUGCCAUUGUCGUUAGGGAAGUUGUUAAUGUCAGGAAACACAGACCUACGUCUCCUAGGGAAAUCGAGCUCUCCAUUUUUAUUAACCAAGCUCCAGUUGCUUGAGCUGGAGUCAGUAAACUUGCAUAAUCUUUAUGACAGCAUUAUCCAGCCUAAAUCGCAUAUUCAAACAUUAAAACUUGGAUUUAAUCGCAUUAGCACGAUUCAUUCAUCGCUCUUUAGGAAUAUGCCAAAGCUUCAGUCACUGUCUCUCCCCUUUAAUCAUGUCAAGAACUUAUCCAUUUCCGAUCAGUUCAACUUAAGGUUCCUAAACUUCAGCGGCAACAUCAUCUCUUCCCUCUUCUCCAACACGUUCUCGGAUCUACCCGAACUGCGUUCGCUUGACCUCUCUCGUAACCGCAUCUCCCACAUUUCGGGCCUGGCAUUCGUCGGGACUCCUCAUCUGCAUACUCUGCUCCUACACAACAACCAUCUGCGUCAACUGCCGUCCGUCAGUGUUCGGCUCCAGAGCCUGCGGACCCUCGACCUUUCCUGGAACCGGCUGCGUCUUAUGCCCUCGAUGGUCCCGGAUGGCUCCCUGCCCGCCCUGCGCACCCUGAACCUCACCGGAAACCCUCUGCGGGAGCUGCUGGACGCGUCUCAGCGCCGCGCCGCGCACGCUCCGGCCCUGCGCCACCUCUCGGCCUGCCACUCUCAUCUGACCGGAAUCGCCUCUAUGGACCUGCGCGGCUUCCCCGGCCUGCGAGAGCUGCGACUCUGCCACGGACGCAUCUCCCGCGUCUCUCCCGGCGCCUUCUCCGGACUGGGACAUCUUCACAGCCUCGACCUAGGGCACAAUGACCUGGAGCUGCUCCCGGCCGAGCGACUGCGAGGUCUUCGUUCUCUGAGGCACCUCAACCUGACCCACAACGCACUGCGGCGGGUACCUCGGAUGCCGGCCGACCUGGCGCGGCUGAGGCACCUCGACUUGUCACGUAACACGCUGACGGAGCUCCAGCCGGGGGCGCUGGCGGAGCUGGACGAGCUGCGGCGGCUGAGACUCGGCCGGAACUGGCUGCCGAGACUGGCGGCGCGCAGCCUGGACGGUCUCGGGAGCCUCCGCCGGCUGGAGCUGCAGGAGAACGCGCUGGAGACGCUGCCGCUGAGACUGCUGGAGGGACUGGAGCCCACACUCAGCCUGCUGGAUCUAGCAGGGAACCCGCUGCACUGCAGCUGCCAGCUGCGACAGCUGUGGAGCUGGCUGCAGCGGCACCCGCGGCUGCUGCAGCGGUCAAACGCCACCUGCUGGACACCAGAGAAGCUGCGCGGCCGCCAGCUCACUCCCUCCAGCUCUGCCUUUUUCUGUCCCCACUCACCCGUCCAGAAAAUCGCCAUCCAGGACAUCCAGCCGCACUCUGUGCUCGUCUCCUGGCAGGCGGACGACGAGGCCGGUAUCCUGGGGUUCCGCGUGCUCCACCACGGCACCCAGCCGGCCGGGGAGCACCACGAGACGGCCCCGUUCGCGGGGAGCCGGCGCACCUACCGACUCUCUGGACUGACUGCGGACACCGCGUACAGGGUCUGCGUGACGGCCAUCGGCCGGUGGCUGCGAGCCGAGGGUCGCGCCCGUCCCCCGGAGCCGGGCGAGCCGGCCGAGCCGCCCGCGGAACCCCCGGACGGUAGAUGUGCGCUGGUGAGGACCCUGGACAGCACGGGGCGCAGCAGACUGCUGGGGGCUACCCGGCUGGGCGGGCUGGCGGCGGCGGCGGCGGCGACUGGGCUGCUGGUAGUGGCACUGUGUGUGGUAGGGGUGUGGCGAGCUGUGUCCGUGGCGAGGAAUAGUGGAAAGAGUGGCACUCGGGAAGAGAGUGAUAAGGGAUAGAGAAAUGUUGCCUGGAAGAGAUGGAACAACGAAAUAUUUCACUCCGCCCAUCAUUGAAUGUUGGUAUGUUGACGAUAGAAUGGUUGGUUACCCGGGCGACCCUGAAGAAAAUAAUGUUAUCCCGAUUAUCCAAGCACUAGAUGAAAGCAUUACCUAUGUCUAGGUCUACAACAAAACGAGCAAUAAACAAGGGCUAUUUUACUCAUAACAAUGCCUUUACUAUUCGUACCUAUCCUUUCUGCUCAGCUGACAUAUUUUGUCUCAUUUACAUAUAUCAUAUGGUGGUGCAAUGAUGGAAGGGAUGUUUCUGUUUACCCGAGUCAAUAUUGCGUUAUGAUGGCCGCAAGUCGAGCCAGCUCACAGUCGUGUUGAUAUUGGAACUGGAGCUAGUCGCAUUAGAUGAAAUGACACGGCCAUGAUAAGCUGGUGGUUUGUAGAUCUAGCUGCAUAAUGUGUGUAUGAUGUUAGUACAAUGUACCUACUGGUUGUGAGUUGGCGACCUGUGAAAUAUAGGUAUGGUCUGUUCUUC